AUGGAUCUGGAGGAUCAGACAGAAGACAGCUUGCACUGGGGCAUUGAUGAGAAGGCAGCGCCUGAGAGCCAGAAAAUGGGGAAGUUAGGUUGUGAUGAGAAGGGGUCCAGUGAAAAGAUGGGUUAUGGUAUAGCUUUGAAAAUCAUUAAGUAUGAGAGUGUCUGGUGUCCCCAUGCAUGUCUGUUGGCUGAAACACAGAAUCUGAGAUGCCUUAUGGAGCUAAAGGAAGAAACCUGGACCAAAAUUGAGUGGUAUGAGUCAGAGUCUCCUAAAGAGCCCAAACAGCUGCGGAAGCUCUUCAUUGGAGGGUUGAGCUUUAAAACAACUGAUGAGAGCCUGAGAAGCCAUUUUGAGCAAUGGGGAACGCUCAGGGACUGUGUGGUCGUGAGAUAUCCAAACACCAAGCGCACCAGGGGCUUUGGGUUUGUCACAUAUGCCACUGUGGAGGAGGUGGAUGCAGCCAUGAAUGCAAGGCCAUACAAGGUGGAGGAAAGAGUUGUGGAACCAAAGAGAGCUGUCUCAACAGAUGAUUCUCAAAGACCAGGUGCCCACUUAACUGUGAAAAAGGUAUUUGUUGGUGGCAUUAAAGAAGACACUGAAGAACAGCACCUAAGAGAUUAUUUUCAACAGUUUGGAAAAAUGGAAGUGAUUGAAAUCAUGACUGACCAAGGCAGUGGCAAUAAAAAAAAAAAGCGGGGGGGGCGCUUUGCCUUUGUAACCUUUGACGACCAUGGCUCCGUGGAUAAGACUGUCAUUCAGAAAUACUAUACUGUGAAUGGCCACAACUGUGAAGUUAGGAAAGCCCUGUCAAAGCAAGAGAUGGCUAGUGCUUCAUCCAGCCAAAGAGGAAGUGGUUCUGGAAACUUUGAUGGUGGUCAUGGAGGUGGUUUUGGUGGGAAUGACAACUUUGGUCGUGGAGGAAACUUUAGUGGUCAUGGUGGCUUUGGUGGCAGCCAUGGUGUUGGUGGAUAUGGUAGCAGUGGGGAUGGUUAUAAUGGGUUUGGUAAUUAUGGUGGUUAUGGAAGAGGUGGCCCUGGUUACUCUGGAGGAAGCAGAGGCUAUGGAAGUGGUGGACAGGGUUAUGGAAACCAGGGCAGUGGCUAUGGCGGGAGUGGCAGCUGUGACAGCUAUAACAACGGAGGCAGAGGCAGCUUUGGCGGUGGUAGUGGAAGCAAUUUUGGAGGUGGUGGAAGCUACAAUGAUUUGGGCAAUUACAACAAUCAGUUUUCAAAUUUUGGACCCAUGAAGGGAGGAAAUUUUGGAGGCAAAAGCUCUGGCCCCUGUGGCAGUGGAGGCCAAUACUUUGCCAAACCACAAAACCAAGGUAGCUAUGGCGGUUCCAGUAGCAGCAGUAGCUAUGCCAGUAGCAGAAGAUUUUAAUUAGGAAACAAAGCUUAGCAGGAGAGGAGAGCCAGAGAAGUGACAGGGAAGCUACAGGUUAUAACAGUUUUGUGAACUCAGCCAAGCACAGUGGUGGCAGGGCCUAGCUGCUACAACGAAGACAUGUUUUAGACGAAUACUGAUGUGUAUGGGCAAAAAACUCGAGGACUAUAUUUGUGACUAAUUGUAUAACAGGUUAUUUUAGUUUCUGUUCUGUGGAAAGUGUAAAGCAUUCCAACACAGGGUUUUAAUGUAGAUUUUUUUUUGCACCCAUGCUGUUGAUUGCUAAA